CAGCAUACUCAGUAACCACAUUACCUGGUAACUAUUGACCAAAGUCCAACAUUCAUUUAUCGAACAUGUUCUGUGAAAUUUUGGGAAGGCCGAAUUGGGGCGAAAAACAGAUGGAAGUUUGGAUUGGGUUUAUAGCAGCCAGUGUGGUACCCGUGUCUGCAGCAGAACAGGUCAGCAUUCUAGAAAGUCUGCUUCUGGCCACGUAUCAGCGUCCCUGGCUUUGGGGUGUCUAUGUUUUUGCCAUUGGACUUCCUGUCAUUCUUUUCGUUAGCUUCAUGUGGCCUGACAAGAGGUUUGGCCCCCCUGAUCAACAAUAUUACUAUAAGAAGUCUGAUUGUUUACUACUGGAUGAUCCUGAGAUCUCACAGAAGAAACAAGCAAGACAUGGUGGUGGUGAAACUGACACAAUAUUGGCAAGAAGAAGAGACAUUCGUGCUAAGCAGAGUAACUGACACCAAAGACACCAAGAGUCAACGGAUACAUGAACCUCAACACUUUUUGGGACGACCCCCACCCGACCCAGUUCUCCCAAAAAUGUACCAAAAAAAAUUUAUCUACAAGCAGGAAGAAGAAGAGCUCAUUUGCUUUCAUUCUACAGAUACUUGUUUUCUAUUUCUUUUUUUACG